GUUGGAACAUUUGGUAUUCAUAAUUUCCAUGUAACAUUCUGUACAACAAGUAAUUUGAUUGUUUUAUCGUAUGUAGCGCUAGACGUUCUAUAAAUUUCACCAUACGCAGUUGGUAUACGUUCACAACAGAUUUUAGUACUGCAUAACGAGAAGAUGGCUGCUACUCCUAUAAAAUUAGCACUUAAAAAAGUGAAACCAAUUCUCUCUAUCAAUCGAGAAGAUGCGCACAGAAGAGUAAUAUCGUUAUAUAAAGCAUAUUACCGACAGAUUCCACAAACGGUAUUGGACUAUGAUAUUCCUAAAUCAGUAACUGAGUGUAGAAAAAAGUUAAAAGAAGAAUUUUUGAAAAAUCAACAUGUCGUAGAUAUAAGAGUUAUAGAUAUUCUUAUAUUGAAGGGACAAAUGCAGCUUCAAGAAAUAUCCCAGGCGUGGAUACCUAAAGGACGUCUGAUGGAUGUUUGGAAAGAAACAGAGGUAGCAAAGCCAACAGAUUUCAUGUCGAAGUUUCUUUCUGGUCAAGACACAGUCAUUUAACUUUAGUUAGUAUAUGAAAAUAAAUGAGAACUUCUCAUGAAUAUGUAUAGAAUCAACUAUUUAUAAAUUGGAUGAACUGUGUAUAUGUAUAGAUUGUUAAAUAAAACUGAAAAGGGGAACAAGA